UAACACGCGAGCAAUCAGCUGUAUAUUACCCCGCGCAGCCGAAAUACCGGUUUAAAUGGGCAAGGAAAAGUUGACUGACGACAUUUGAACAAUGACUCAAGAACCAAGAUACCUGGAUUAUACACCGGCCCCUUCGGGCUCAAAGCAUGAGGAUGGGACGCCCCUAUUGAAUAGAUACUCAACCGUCCUCACCAGGGGACAUGACUCUCCUGGAGCGCAGGCAAUGUUAUAUGCCGCCGGUGUACCCGACAGGAAUGCUAUGAAGAAAAGCCCUCAAGUCGGGGUUGCUUCCGUGUGGUGGGAGGGGAAUCCAUGUAACAUGCAUCUUCUAGACUUGGCGAAGACGGUCAAGAAAUCAGUUGCAGACAAGGGGCUUAUUGCCUGGCAGUAUAACACAAUAGGUGUUUCUGAUGCAAUUACUAUGGGAACUGAAGGAAUGAGAUUCUCCUUACAGACCCGAGAACUCAUCGCAGAUAGCGUCGAGACCGUGACAUGUGCUCAGUAUCAUGAUGCAUGCAUUGCCAUUCCAGGCUGUGAUAAGAACAUGCCAGGUGUCGUUAUGGGCAUGGCUCGACACAACCGACCUUCCAUCAUGAUCUAUGGAGGCACAAUUGCCGUCGGAUAUUCUAGUUUACUACGAAAGCCCAUCAACAUCUCGACAUGUUUUGAAGCUGCAGGCGCCUACGCAUACAACACACUUCGCCAGCCCAAUGAUGGUGGGGACACUAGCAAAACGAAAGACGAGAUUAUCGAGGACCUCGAGCGACACGCGUGCCCUGGCGCUGGUGCUUGCGGGGGUAUGUUCACGGCCAACACAAUGGCUACGGCUAUCGAGUCAAUGGGAUUAAGUCUGCCGGGUUCCUCGUCAACCCCAGCCGAAUCGCCCUCCAAAAUGCGUGAGUGCGUCAAAGCCGCCGAUGCCAUUCAAGUAUGCCUUGAGCAAGAUAUCACUCCAUGCAAGCUUCUCACCAAGCGAUCAUUCGAAAACGCACUAGUCAUGACUAUGGCAUUGGGUGGAAGUACCAACGGCAUUCUUCACUUCCUCGCCAUGGCUCGUACCGCAGAGGUCGAUCUCACUCUCGACGACGUUCAGAGAGUGAGCAACAAAAUCCCGUUUAUUGCCGACUUGGCUCCUAGUGGAAAGUACUAUAUGGCCGACCUGUACCAAAUCGGCGGUAUCCCGUCAGUACAGAAGCUCCUAAUCGCAGCCGGUCUUUUGGAUGGAGACAUUCCCACUGUUACUGGAAAGACUCUUGCGCAGAAUGUGGAAUCCUUCCCAUCGCUGCCUCAAGACCAGGUUAUCAUUCGGCCACUUGACAAUCCAAUAAAAGCUACAGGUCAUUUACAGAUCCUCCGAGGCAAUCUAGCUCCUGGCGGCGCCGUUGCCAAGAUUACGGGCAAGGAGGGCCUCAAAUUCACCGGCAAGGCUCGGGUAUUUAACAAAGAGAAUCAACUCAACGACGCACUGACGCAGGGCAAAAUUCCUCGCGAUGAGAAUCUCGUUCUUAUUGUCCGCUACGAAGGCCCUAAAGGCGGACCAGGGAUGCCGGAACAGCUUAAAUCCAGUGCUGCACUGAUGGGCGCAAAGCUCACCAAUGUUGCUCUUAUUACCGAUGGUCGAUAUUCAGGGGCCAGCCAUGGAUUCAUUGUUGGCCAUAUCGUCCCCGAGGCUGCCGUGGGCGGACCAAUCGCGGUCGUGCGAGACGGCGACGUCGUUACCAUCAAUGCCGAGACAAACGAGCUUUCCAUGGAUGUUUCAGACGCUGAAAUACAGGAACGACUGAAUAAUUGGCAACCGCCCAAACCGCAGGUUACGCGGGGCGUAUUGGCAAAGUAUGCGAAGCUGGUGGGCGAUGCAUCUCACGGAGCGAUGACGGACCUGUUCUAGCAUUGAUCAGGCGGCACGGUGUGAAAUGACAAUGCGUCUAUCCGACUGGUUUCGAAUUACAGAACUAGAGAAGUGCGAUGUGUCUUUGUUGAUAGUAUUUCUAUUCUUAUCAGAGAAAAUUACAGACGUUGUCCAAAGAAAAUUGUUGAGAGGCGGUGAAACAGCUAGUCUCCGAAUAAUGUGAUCUACAAAUCAGCAACCAAGAGUUGCGGCGUCCACAUGAAACAAACAAAAGCAUACGGUCAUUCACGUGGAUUUUUGCGCGUUUUGCUUGGUCGGUCAAGGAAGAGUAAAAAUC